AUGAAGCCACACACAUGCUGGCUAUAUGUCUCUUUAUUAUUACUACUUGGUAUUACAAUUGAAUUGCCUAAGAAUCAAGUGAAUUGUUUAUUAGAAAGCAAUAAUUCCAUAAAUUCUGAACUUAAUAAUAUAGCCAAAUUACCAUGUCAUGGCAAUAGUCCAGAACAAGUAAAAGUCCACUUUGCUAGCAGAAUUGUUGAAAAUGAAUAUAUUGUUGCAUUUAAAGGUUAUUAUAAACCACAUACACGUGAAAAUUAUAUAAAGGCUGCAUUGAAUUCAUCUGGUAUUCAUAAUUGGAGGAUUUUAUUUCGUGACAAUUUGGCUAGCAUUUAUCCUAGUGACUUUGAUGUUGUUCGUUUGGAAGAAACAGAUAAACAUAAUGGCCUUGAUGCUUUAACUGACCAUCCUCUUAUUAGGAGGGUCACUCCUCAGAGGCUUGUACAAAGAAGUUUAAAAUUUGUCAAUGCAUCAGAAGAUAUUGAUUUUCCAGAAUAUAAAAACUUUAAAAGAAAAACAAUAUUUGAUACAGGACUAGCAGCUAGUCAUCCACAUUUUAAAAAAAUCAAAGAACGUUCAAAUUGGACUAAUGAAAAGACAUUAGAAGAUGGAUUAGGUCAUGGAACAUUUGUAGCUGGAGUAAUUGCAUCUUCUUGUAUAGAUUGUCUUGGUUUUGCACCAGAUGCUGAACUUCAUAUUUUUCGCGUUUUUACCAAUACUCAGGUAUCAUAUACAUCAUGGUUCUUGGAUGCAUUCAAUUAUGCUAUUCUUACAAAAGUUACAGUAUUGAAUCUUAGUAUUGGAGGACCAGACUUUAUGGAUCACCCAUUUGUUGAUAAAGUAUGGGAAUUAACAGCAAAUGGUGUAAUUAUGGUUUCUGCAAUUGGUAAUGAUGGACCUUUAUAUGGCACUUUAAAUAAUCCUGCGGAUCAGAUGGAUGUCAUUGGAGUAGGUGGAAUUAAUUGGGAGGAUCAAAUAGCAAGAUUUUCAUCACGUGGCAUGACAACAUGGGAACUACCAUCUGGAUAUGGAAGAGUAAAACCCGAUUUAGUUACAUAUGGAUCAGGAGUACGAGGUUCUGCAUUACAAGCAGGUUGCAGAACUUUAUCUGGAACUUCUGUUGCUAGUCCUGUUGUUGCUGGAGCUGUAGCACUCUUAGCUAGUGGAUUUGUGCAACUAGACGGAUCUCAGUCUGUUAAACAAAAGGUAACUCCUGCAAGUAUGAAACAAGCAUUACUUGGUUCUGCACGUCGUUUACCUGGAGUUGGAAUGUUUGAACAAGGUGCUGGAAAAUUAGAUCUUUUACGGUGUAAUUUUAUUAUUAUAUUAUCUAUAAGAAUAUAUAAAUUAUGAUAAACUAUCAGUUACAUAGACCUAACUGAAUGUCAGUAUAUGUGGCCGUACUGUACACAAGCUGUAUAUCAUACUGGUAUGCCUACAAUUGUAAAUAUAACUAUAAUAAAUGGCUUGGGAGUAUCUGGACAUGUAGCAGAACUUGUAUGGCAUCCAUAUACCGGUAAUGGUAACGGUGAACGAAUCGAUGUGUCAGUAACUUAUAGUGAUGUUCUUUGGCCGUGGUCAGGAUGGUUAGCAGUUGCUAUAACAGUUCCAUCAUCUGCUCGAGAUUGGCAAGGCAUAGCACAUGGUCAUAUAUCUGUUACAAUUGAAUCACCACCGAGUGAUGGAGAAGAAAAAUUAAGACAAUCUAAAAUAGAACUUCCUUUAAAAGCAAAAGUUAUCCCUACACCUCCACGUCAUAAACGUAUUCUAUGGGAUCAAUAUCAUAAUUUACGUUAUCCUCCGGGAUAUUUUCCACGUGACGAUUUGCGUGCAAAAAAUGAUCCUCUUGAUUGGAACGGUGAUCAUAUACAUACUAAUUUUAAAGACAUGUAUCAACAUUUACGUAAUGCUGGUUACUAUUUAGAAGUACUUGGUGCUCCUUUCACUUGCUUUAAUGCCAAAAACUACGGUACUUUACUUAUUGUGGAUAGUGAAGAAGAAUUUUUUCCUGAAGAGGUGGCUAAAUUAAGGAGAGAUGUAGAAGAAGAAGGUCUCUCUGUAGUUGUAUUUGCAGAUUGGUACAAUGUUACUGUUAUGAGGAAAGUAAAAUUUUAUGAUGAAAAUACACGACAGUGGUGGAUACCAGAUACAGGAGGUGCAAAUGUACCAGCUUUAAACGAUUUAUUAUAUCCUAAUUGGGGUAUAGCAUUUGGAGACCAAGUACGCAAUGGUCAAUUUACUCUUGGUCAACAUCCACCUGUAACCUUUGCUUCUGGUACUACAAUUACUCGGUUUCCAAAGGAUGGGGUUAUUCUAUAUGCGGAAUUACACGAUCAAGGACAAGAACUUUUACUUGAAUCAGAAUCAAGAUCUACACUAGCCGUACCGAUUCUUGGACUUUUCCAAACGAGUGGUAAUAAAGGAAUUAACGAAAUGUAUAACGAUAACUACAUUAACAACAUGAUAGUGGAAAAAGAGAACAUAGAAAAAAAUAAUGUAAAAGAUCAAGCAAAUAUCGUAUCAGGAAGAAUUGUAGUGUAUGGGGACUCAAAUUGUAUCGAUGAUAGCCAUUUACAAAAACCUUGUUUUUGGAUGCUUGAUGCUAUAUUAGAAUAUACAACAACAGGACAUAUUGCAACUGUUUUUAAAGACGAAAGUCAAACUAAGACAAAAGUUCUUAAAAAGUCGAGUGUUUUAGACACUAAUGAAUUACCACAACGUAUGGAAGGAAGUCACUUAAGACGUCAUAGUAAAGUAUUACUGCCUGAAAAUACUAAUGCUGAUCAUAUUAGACCACUUCCAUCUUGUCCUACAAUUACUCCUGCUACUCCAAAACCUUUGAAUGAAUCGGUCCCUAUAAAUCUUUAUAAACCUCAAAAAUUGCUGUCUGUUGGAGACACAAUAGUUGCAGUAAAUCCAGUUUUACAAGAUUCAAGUCCAUUAUGGCUUAGAAGACGCGUUGGAGGUGCAAAUAUUCCUACAUUACACCACGAAAAGCAAAAUAAUGUUGAUGAAUUAAAACAGAAUGAUCAAGAUAGUAGUGAAAUAUUUACAAGUAAGUGGAGUUAUAUGGCAGGAAUAAUAAUUGUAGGAAGUAUUUUUCUCUAUUUAUUAAAUCGAUGGAAUUGCUUAAUAACAAAAAGGCAUUCUCGAAGAAAACGAACAGUUGGUAGAUUACGCAGAGUUAUUCAAACAAUUUCUCUACGCAAAGUGCCUCAAAUGUGACUGUAAAUUUGAUAAACCUUCAAUUUAUGCAAGAUAAUAUUCAAUUAUCUGUGGU